CAUAGGACGCCAUUUUGUAGCAGUAGGCCGCUUGUUUUCGUGCAAGAGUGCUGAUAACGGUUGACUGCAAAUAAUACUUGCUACGUUUUUUCACUGCAAUCAUGUCUGAAAACUCUUCGGCAGGAGAAGCAUGCGCCGUUGAGAUUCCGGAGGGAGCAAUUCGCAAAUUAUCGGAUCUAAGAGUCAUUGAUUUGAAAGCAGAAUUGAAAAGACGAAAUCUCGACGCAACCGGAAUCAAGAGUACUCUUACAGAGAGGCUGAAAAAGGCAAUUGAAGAGGAGGGUGGAAAUCCAGAUGAGAUUGUGAUUGGUGUUGAUGCUACUCCUAGAAAGGCACUGGCUAAACGGGCAUCCAAAGGUAAAAGACCAGAGAACGAGGAACUAGAGGACUGCACUAUUGACGAAGAUUCAGGUGAUGGCCAGGACGACAACAUUCAGGACAUGGACAUCUUGGAUAUGAAUGUGCUUGAUGAGGCAGAGAAUGACAAUGGUAUGGCAGCAGAAGAUGAGUAUGACACCGAUGAAGUUCUGAACUCUCCUUCGGAUGAAGGCAAACCAGAGAUCCCUGAUGAUGAAGAGGAAGCCAUGAAUGAAGAUGAACAUGACAAUGACAUCCGUGAAGCGUCUAAUGUAGCUGACUCUGGAGAGAUGGAAGGUCUGGUUUGCCCAUCUUCUAAAGAGGUUAAAGACACAGAUCGGGAGCCUGGGGACUCAAAGGAAGGACUAGAAAAUGACAAAGUAGCCGGGUCUUGUUUAUCUGAGCCGCUAAAUGAAGAGCGCCUGGAGCCGUCGACUGAAGAGCAAGCCACCACCGGGGACGCGGUGAAUGUUGCCGAGGAAGACAAUGUUUGCAACUCCACCAAAGCCGAGAAGGCCGUCAAUGUGGAGACUGAACUGUCGUCUAGCGAAAUGGACACGGACGUUGCUAAGCUAACCGAGAGUCAAACGAACAACUCUGAGGACACGCAAAAUGUUGCGGAAGAGACAGUUGGCGCUGAAAGUGGGAACACUCAGGCUGUUAGCGUAAGUGAGCAGGGCGCGGGUGCUGUUGAUUCUGAAAUGCUCUCUAAGGAUGAGGAGGAAGGGAAGAAGACUGAAGAGAACGCUGCAGAAUCAACGGCAGUGAAAGAGUCCUCUUCUGUUGAGGGCGAUGAUCAGAAAAAGAGUUCUGAUGAGGAAAAGGAUAGCAAGCCUGACUCAAAAGAUGACAAGGGUAGCACUCCAGCUAGUGGUGGUAAAAACCUCUGGGUCAGCGGCCUGUCCUCCACCACCAGAGCGACUGACCUGAAAACUCUUUUUAGCAAAUAUGGAAAGGUUGUCGGUGCGAAAGUUGUGACUAAUGCCCGGAGCCCUGGGGCCCGCUGCUACGGCUUUGUCACCAUGUGUUCCUCUGAGGAGGCCACCAAGUGCAUCAGCCACCUGCACCGUACCGAGCUCCAUGGGAGAAUGAUCUCUGUGGAGAGGGCUAAGAAUGAGCCUGCUGGGAAGAAGCCUGCUGACAAGAGUGAUGUUAAGAGGUCUGGUGCCGACCGCAGACACUCCUCUGACUCCAAGUCCGAUGAGAAGGCUGAAGGUGAAGUUGGGAAAGAUGGCAAACGUAAUGAGAGGACCGUAGUGAUGGACAAGUCAAAGGGAGAACCUGUCAUCAGUGUAAAAGCCAAAAGCAAAGACCGGAGCACCAAGAGUCGCGAUCGCAAGUCUUCAAGCAAAGAAAAGAAGGACAUUCUGUCGUUUGACCAGAUCAAAGAGCAACGUGAACGUGAGAGACAGAGGCAGCGUGAGCGGGAGAUCAGGGAGACGGAGAGACGCAGGCACUCUGGUGAGCGUGACCGCAGCAGUGGAGACGGCCGCACGGAGCGCGAACGGAUCCGUCUGUUCCGGGAGAAGGAGGAGCGCGAGCGCCUCCUGCGCAAGAGAAACUGGCUGGAGGUGGAGAAGGAGCGGCUGAAGUUUGAGCGCAUGGAGCGCGAGUUCCUCGAGCGGGAGCGCCAGCGUGUGGAGUACGAGCGCCGGCGUGAGCAGGAGAGAAUACAGCGGGAGAGGGAGGAGCUCCGCAGGCAGCAGGAGCAGCUGCGCUUUGAGCAGGAGCGUCGGCCCCUCAAGAGGCCCUACGACCUGGACAGCAGGAAGGACGACUGGUCGGACUCCAAGAGGAUCGGCUUGGACGACCGCUAUGGUGGGCGCUCCGAUUUCGGUCGCCCGGAUCGCUAUCAAGACAUUGACCACAGGGACCGUGGUCGUUACCAGGACGUGUCCGUCAUUGACAGGAGGGACACGUCACGGGCUGUGGUGGGAGACCGGGAUAGUGCGCAUUUCUCUGACCGCGCUGAGCGGCCUGGGAAGGACACCCGUGACGGCUGGGCCCCUGCUGGAAGGUAUGACAAGCGUGCUAUUAAUCCAAGGGAGCCCCGUGACUGGGAUUCAGGACGGAAAAUGGAUGGGGACCGAGUCUGGCCAACAGGUCGUGACGGAGGCAUACCAGGCCAAAGUCACAUGGGUGCACGGGGAGGAAUGGCAAACCGUGGAGGCUACAUGGCCACGGGGACCUCCCAGUCUCUCUCUGGAGCUCUGAACCGUCAGAACCAGAUGAUGCAAGGCAGUGGAAUGCAAGGGGGCGGGGCCUUUGGUCGUCGGUACUAAGAGCGGAGGAACGUUGUUUCCAGUCACGCGUUCAGGUGUCUUGACGACAAACUGUCUGCAGCUUGUAUAUUGCUCACGAAAGCUUUGUGGAUUCAGAUGUUGCUUUUAUAGUCCAUUUGACUUUCGUUCCUCCCUGUAAAACUAAGAUUACAACUUGAACGUCUGCGUUUUAAAAGUCUUCGAUCAGAUCAUCCAUUGUUUUUUCAUUGUGAAUGUCUUUUUGUUUUAAAAUUUGAUGGAAUAAUUACUUUUUUUUCUAUUUGUGUAUUUUAAGUAAUUUUUAUGUGGUUGACUCUUGGUAAGAAGUUGUUAUAAAUGCGUCUUUUGAUUAAACCAUGGAGAAUGAUAGUAUGUCCCUAUGUAGUUUCCCUUAUGGUUUCUGAAUGCAAGGUCAACACUAUUUAGGGAGUUUCUAUUCUAUAAGUCGUACGUUUUCUUAAUCGUUGGCUGUUUUGUCCUGAUGACCCAGUUGAACGUGACUCCAAUUAGGAGGGAUCAAGGGGUAGUUUGUACUCCUGCCCGUAUGACUACAUUAAAAUGGCAGAAGCCUUCACUGGUGCUGCCCAUGAAUGUUGUUUUUGUCCCCUAGAGACCUCUAUCUUUCUCUAUGGCUUCAACCAUUUACUGGAACCUGUGUUGAACUUCGUUGCAUAAAAUCUGAAUCCAACGGUCAUGAUUACGUUUCAGGAUUUCUUUCUGUAACUGUCGAAUGGGACUGUUUACUUUUUUUUUUUUUUUUUUAAAUAAACAUCACUUUUCCAGACUUUGUAUUGACAGUGCAACUUGUUCACAUUACAAAAGUACCAUGUUCAUAAUAGGAAACAUUCAACUGUUUGAUUCGUCUGUAGUAAUACAAUACCACCACUGGAUGGAACCCAAUGGCUACUCUUCUGUAAGACCAAACUGCUGUCUAAAUAAAGUUUUGUUUUGUUUUUGCAGUGCAACUGCUAAAA